AUGGAUAACAAGCAGCUCGAAGAGAGGUUGAUUGCAGAAAGAGGAGAAGAAGAUUUGAAAACAAGAGUUUGGAUUGAAUCAAAGACGAUAUGGAGAAUAGCAUUCCCAUCAAUAUUGUCAAGGGUAACUUCAUUUGGAAUGGUGGUCGUGACACAGUCAUUUCUCGGUCACAUCGGAGACGUCGAGCUCGCCUCGUAUGCAAUCAUACAAACCAUUAUCGUCAGGUUCAUGUAUGGGAUACUGAUCGGCAUGUCGAGUGCAACCGAAACUCUAUGCGGGCAAGCAUUUGGGGCAGGGCAUCACCACAUGAUGGGAAUUUACCUGCAACGGUCAUGGAUCGUCGAUGGCAUUACAGCAACAGUAUUGCUACCUCUCUUUGUAUUCGCGACCCCGAUCCUUCAGAUUCUCGGACAGGAGGAGGAGCUCGCGGUUGCGGCAGGGCCGAUUGCUCUGUGGUUCAUCCCAAUGAUCUAUAGCUUCGUCAUUUCCAUGACUAUAUCGAUGUUCUUACAAGCGCAGCUCAAGAAUUUGAUUGUCGGGUGGCUAUCGAUGGCAUCAUUCAUCAUUCAUGUGUUCUUGUCAUGGAUGCUUGUGAACAAGUUUAAGUGGGGAGUUAAUGGAGCAAUGGCAUCCAUGAAUAUGUCUGGUUGGAUAAUGGUUGUGGGACAAUUGGUUUAUGUGUUUGGAGGGUGGUGCCCUAAUACAUGGACAGGAUUCUCAAAAGCCGCUUUCUUUGAUCUAUUGCCUGUUGUGAAGCUCUCCAUAUCCUCUGGUGCCAUGAUUUGCUUGGAACUAUGGUAUUUUUCCAUCCUCAUCAUAAUGGCUGGAUACACCAAAAAUGCAACAGUCUCCAUUGCUUCUUUCUCCAUCUGCCUGAAUAUCUAUGGAUGGGAAUUUAUGGUCUGCCUAGGCUUCCUAGUUGCAGCAAGCGUACGAGUUUCGAAUGAAUUGGGGAAAGGAAGUGCAAAGGCAGUGAAAUUUGCAAUAAAAACAAUACUAGGCACUUCAACAAGUAUAGGAAUUGUACUGUGGACAUUAUGCAUGGUUUUCAGGAAUCAAAUCGCCUACAUGUUUUCUGAUGAUGAACAGGUUGCAGAAACAGUCUCAAGUCUUUCAAUUUUUUUCGCUUUAGCAAUUUUAGUCAACAGUGUUCAGCCAGUACUCUCAGGUAUUGCCACUGGAGCUGGUUUGCAAAGCACAGUAGCAUAUGUGAACUUGGGAAGCUAUUAUGCCAUAGGGAUACCUAUAGGAAUUUUGCUUGGAUAUGUUGCUGAUCUUCAAGUUAAGGGGCUGUGGAUUGGAUUAAUGAGUGGGGUGGCAACGCAAUCGCUUAUUCUUGGUUGCUUUGUAUGGAAAACAGAUUGGGAAGAACAGGUAAGAAAUGCAUCUGAACGUCUCAAUCGAUGGUUAGUGAAACCAACUGCGGAUGAUAACCAGAGUCCAUUGGAUGCUUAA